ACAGGAGGCGGGAGUGACAGGCUGGGGUUUGUUUUUAGUCUGUUGCCUCGACUCUCUUUUUGAGUUUCGCCUUCGCACGUUCCGCCGAUCGGAUUCGGAGCGGAAUCCCCGGUCCGUCGAUCUCUCGCGUCGGUCAUCUGCUCCGCUCCGCUCCGAUCCUUCAUGGCGUCUCUCCUCGAAUCGUGCUGGCUGUAUCUUAUUACACAUUUCAGUGAGUUCCAGUUGGCAACUAUUGGAUCCUUCUUAAUUCAUGAAAGCGUCUUCUUCUUGUCUGGUCUUCCAUCUAUAUAUUUUGAAAGGUCAGGGAUUUUCAGCAAAUACAAAAUUCAGAAAAAGGUCAACACUCCAGAAGCACAAAGGAGAUGCAUUUUGCGCCUAAUUUUAUACCAUUUAUGCGUCAACUUACCUGUUAUGCUCCUUUCCUAUCCUACUUUCAGACUCAUGGGUCUAAGAAGUAGUCUUCCAUUGCCACACUGGAGUGUUAUUGUCUCUCAAAUUAUUUUCUACUUCAUCUUGGAGGAUUUUGUGUUCUACUGGGGGCACAGAAUACUGCACACCAAAUGGCUAUAUAAGCACGUCCACAGUGUGCAUCACGAGCAUGCUACACCUUUUGGGCUGACAUCCGAGUAUGCUCAUCCCGCUGAAAUCUUAUUCCUUGGCUUUGCCACAAUCCUGGGACCAGCCCUAACUGGUCCUCACCUCUUCACACUGUGGUUAUGGAUGAUCGUGAGAGUUAUCGAAACUGUUGAGGCACACAGUGGAUACGAUUUUCCAUGGAGCCCUUCAAAUUUCUUGCCCUUGUAUGGAGGUGCUGAAUUCCAUGACUAUCAUCACCGUGUUCUUUAUACAAAGUCAGGCAAUUAUGCGUCGACUUUCGUUUACAUGGACUGGUUGUUUGGUACCGAUAGAGACUAUCGGAAGAUGAAGGCUCUCGAGGAAGAAGGAAGGAAAUACUGAGUACGGUAGUAUAUUCGAACAACCCAAAUCUGUCUGGUAGGCAUCACCUGAAAUCUGGAAGGUACAGAGACAUCUUCACAUUGUAAUAAGCACUAGAGUAUUUGACGAAAACAAAUCUUUAAGAUUGAAUGCCUUGCCUCCAGUGAUUCUUCUUUUUGUCGCUUGAAUUUGCUGAGCUGAUUAGAAUUGGUUGUGACACCUUUACGCUUUACACUGGAUUGGUGCUUGUUGAACUUUGGAAUGUUGUCGAUGCAUUUUUUUUACCUGUAAAUCGCCAAGUUACAUUUUAGAAUAUUAGCAUUGGACAAAUUCUAUUUGAUA